CAGAGAAGAAUAUUUUUAGUAACUUGGUGUAUUGUUAAACAAAAAUAGUUUAUAUUUAGUGAAAUAAUGAAGAUACGGUGAUUGGGUUAAAGGUGAUAAGUGUAGAAGUGAAAAAUGAUCAUUAUUUACAUUGAUAUAUUGCUGUUGAUCAUACUGUUAUGUCUAACAAUAUUCAUGUGCGGCUAUUGUUUCUACCGAGUCAACAGAAUGAGACAAAAUGGAGAGAUUGCAAUUUUGUUGAGGCCGACCAAAGUUGUGUUUUCUCACAAGAAGGAGGGCCAGUCCACUGAGGAACUCAGGACAGUAGUAGCCUACCAGAACCCGUUCACUGGGGACUACUGCGUGCACAAGAGCCGCGCGGGUCCCAAGGGGUACAUGAACAGCUUGGCGCCCGACUCGCCCGACAGCGGGGUCUCUGAUGAGUACGAGCCCCUCAACCUAGACCCCGUGGGGCCUCAGCCGGAGCUACCUCAUGUCAUACAGGAUAAGAUGCCAUCGGAAAUAAUUGCUAUGCCACAGCCGGACCUCACAACGAAGAUGCAGCUGAGCCCCAGCAGCGAGUACAACAGCGUCAACAAGACCUGGAACUGGAACUACAAGGAGUACCAGAUCUGAACACCUGAUGCUCUCCAUCAUCAAGAUUCAAACCCUCAUAUCAUAUUCGAACUCAGUGCAAGUCAAAUAUUUUCUUUGUAUUUA